AUGUUAUUGUUGAGACAGACGGUGUCACUACUAAUCCUACUACCGACGACAAUCUCGUUCAAGCUCGAUUUCCAAAUCCACCAAGUGCAGCAUGACAAGUCGCUCGCGAAACGAGAUGUAACUGCGCCCUUCCGCUUGGACAAAAACGUCUACCUUACACAACUAGAGCUCGGGUCCAACCAUGAUAGGGUCACGGUGUCGCUAGACACGGGGUCGCCGGAUCUUUGGGUCAUGUCCAAGAGCGCGCAAUGUUUCAACGUUUCCGAUUUUCACACGCUCCUGCGACCCCACAUCCCCGAAUUGUUUGACGACUUGGAUCUGCAGUAUUCGUGCACUGCCAACGGCACGUUUGAUUACCAGGCCUCGGCUACUUUCCAGGAGAAGAAAGUCGAGCCCGAUUUCAGAGCCGGGUUUGCUGACGGGAGCGCCGCUACGGGGAUAUGGGGCGUUGACGAUGUGCAUCUCGGUGGGGACGUCACGUUGCGCGAGUUGAAGUUUGGCAUUGCCAAUGCCUCGAGCAUCGACGUUGGCAUUUUGGGGCUUGGCCCGCAGCCCGAGAACGAGCGCGGGUUUGUUGCGCUCUUGAAGGAGCAAGGUGUCAUUAACCGCACCAUGUAUUCCAUCUACAUGAAUCUGAGUCUGGGCAGCAUUGUGUUUGGACUGGAGUUGGACGAGUCGAAAUACGCCGCGGGCCAGAUGGCGACUGCGUCCAUGGAUCAAAAUGUGGGUGUUGAUGUGAGCGAGGUUCUGAUUGAUGGCCGCACCGUUUCCGCGGGGGAGAAAGUCAAGGUUUUGUUUGAUACGGGCUCGACUUUUUCCACGAUGCCUCAUGACUGGAUCAAGAUUUUGGGGGAGUCAUUGAAUGGCACCUAUGACGAGGACCAAAUGGCUUAUCAAGUGAGCUGCGAGAUGGAACACGAUGCAAAGAAUUUCACGUUCAAGAUUGACCUGGAGCCCGAAAUGUCGCUUCCGAUUCGAAACUUGAUUGUUCGAGCUGGCGGUGGAACAAGUUGCUAUUUGGGGAUUAUGGACGAGUCGCUUAUAGGAGGCGCCAUUUUCGGAGCUGACAUUUUGCAGCAUUUCUACACGGUUUAUGAUUUGCAGGAGGAGGAAUUGUCGAUUGCUCCGUUGAAGUUGGGUGCUAGUGCCAGUUCUGACGCCGGUUCUGGGGCCAGUUCGAGCACCGGUUCUGGGGCCACUGAAAGCAGCCGGAGUCACAGUGGAGCUAGCGCAACGUUGCGUGUUUACUGCAUUAGCAUGAUACCAUUGUCGAUUUACAUUUUCUUUAUAUAUUGA